GUUACCAGCAGUGUGCGCGCUGUCUCAGGGUUCUAUGUUUCCAUGGCGACGCAGGAUGUAACUAUAGCUGUGGUUUGAGCUGCAAUCGAAAUCACUGGAGACAGGGAUACCCUCCCAGGGGGUGAAUCCUCCAUGGUAUAAUGGUAAGAACAUCACCAGGCACACAUCAGUAUUACACUGUUCGCUGCCAGGGUGUUAGGUUAGAGUCAGCUUAUAUUAAGAAAGUAUGAGAUUAUAGUGCUGUGUGCACUAAUAAUUCACUUAUUGAUGGGUGGGUUAUUGCUAAUUACAGCAUAGUGUUCUUGGUAAGGAUGUUACAUAAGAUAAAUAAAGUAAACUAAUGUGUAUAAAAAUACACUUCAUGGUGGAUUUUCAAAACUUUUUUUUAUUAGUAUUUUAAAAAUGCCUUUUAAAUAUACUUAUAUCGGAAUGUAGUAAAUUUUCCCAGGCAUCAGAUCUACAUCUAAUCUCUUUGAUACCACGUAGGUCCACACUCACUAUUUUCUUUUUACAGUAACCGUAAAAAAAAUUCAAAAGCAAGAAACAUACAAAAUUAAGCUCUGUACUCAAAUUCCCACUACUCCUGGGAGGCAGCAAUGACUGUAGUCGCAAGUAACAUUUUUACUAUAGUCAUUGCUCCUGGCCAGGAGUAGUGGGAGUUUGAGCACAGGACUUAUUUUUGUGUAUUUGUAUUUAAUUUUGUCUUACACAGCCAUGUUAUAAUGCUGCUGCCCACCCCAAGUGUUCCCCAUUAAGGGUUAACAAGUAUGUAGGGAUUUAGAAAAAUAUCCCUCUCUGUCUCAUUAGAGAUUUUACCUUUUAGCUAAAGGCAGCAAGGUGAAUUGUUAGUGUAGGACCCUCCUAAGAGGUCUUGCCUUGAUGUCGCAUAUGAGCUUACACUAAUGGCACUAGAUUUAUUUGAAUCAUAAGUCAUUGACGAAUAGGUCAAUGAAUUAAUUGAAUUAAUUUUACUAAUGAAGAAUGUGUCACCAAGCUAAAGUAAUAUUUUAUCUUAUUUAAAAAUAAGUGCCACUGUCUUAUUCAAAAAUAAGAUUGUUACUGAUUUUUAGUAUGCCAGUGAGGUACAGAUGCUGAGAUUGCACACACAAAACUGAUUUAUUAGACAGCCACUAGAGGGCUUCCUGAAUUGAAACAGAUCUUUGGUCCGGUAUCUGACGCUGGAUGUCCUCACGCACCCCCAGCGUCAGAUUUUUUCCCAUAAGAGAGCAUUGAUUCAAUGCUUUCCUAUGGGGAAGUAUAAUGCGCAAGAAUUACUUUCACUAGACUGGAAGAAAGAAGAUUUAGUCUAAGGAAAAAAUGUUUGUGUUUUUUUAUCAUAAGAACAAUAAGGUUGUGGAAUUCUUAGCCUUACGAAGUAGUUUUAUCAGAAUCUUUACAAAUGUUUUAACAGAUGGAUACUUGCAAAAACAGAAUAUUUAAAUGGACACUAUAGUCACCUGAACAACUUCAGCUUAAUGAGGUUGUUCAGGUGAGAACUAUAGCUCCCUGCAGCCUUUCUCAUGUAAACACUGUAUUUUCUGAGUGUAUAUAUAAAUGUAUUUGUUAUUUAGUAAAAGUGUGUGUUUAAAGGACCACUAUAGUGCAAGGAAAACAUACUUGCCCACACCCUCAGGGUCCCCCUCCCGCCAGGCUCUAGGGUGAGGAAGGGGUUAGACUUACCUCUUUCUCCAGCGCCAGGCAGGGAGCCCUCCUCCUUCUCUCCGCCUCCUCUCCUCUUCUUCGGCUGAAUGCGCAUGUGCGGCAGGAGCUGCGCUCUCAUUCAGCCAGUCCAUAGGAAAGCAUUCACAAUGCUUUCCUAUGGACGCUGGCGUCUUCUCACUGUGAAAAUCACAGUGAGAAGCGCGGAAGCCCUCUAGCGGCUGUCAAUGAGACAGCCACUAGAGCAGGGGUAGGCAACCUACGGCACUAGUGCCAUGCACGGCACUCGAGGUGCCUUUGCAUGGCACUCAAGGCUGCUAGAGCCAAAGAGGCUCUGGCCUAUCAGGAGUCCCAGUAAAACUUCAGAUAUCUGCUAAUACAAAGAGGUGGUGAAGGACAAUCCUCAAUUUAUGCAUUGCAGCACGUAGAGGAAGUGAUCUCAGAGCACUUCAUUCCAGCACUUGUGAAUGGGAAUCCACACAGUAGUAGAGCAGCUCGCAGUUGCUGUUGCAGCUCCUGUCCUUGACCUGUAUCUGGCCGGCCUGGUCCCCACUGGAACCCAGGGAAGCCACCCACACUGCUAGAUAUACACAGAAAUGCAGAAUAACCCUACCCUCAUACAAAUAAUACGGACAGCCCACACACAAGCUUACACACAAUCCGCUUAAACGCAACACCACUAACAAUCCACAUUCAUGCACACAACCCCACAUGCAGCCUCUCACAUGCAAUACCCCAAACAGCCACCAGACACUACCAAACACACAAUGUGACAUAUCCAUACACCCACACAAUUCACACAAUUCCACAAGCAGCCCCCAUACAAAGCCCACAUUCAUAUGUAUCAUACACAAUACCAUAAACUACUCAAAAACAUAUACAAUUUAAUAGCUCAAAUACGCACAAAUACAACGAUACAAAGCAAUUACAGUAAAAAUAACACAAGCAGAAUACGGCAGCAAACACUUCAAUUUAAAAAAAAAUAGGACCGGCACGCCACAGGACAUCACACUCCUAUAUCGGCACAGUGCUGCUAAAAGGUUGCCUACUCCUGCACUAGAGGCUGGAUUAACCCAUUUAUAAACAUAGCAGUAUACACAGUAAACAUAGCAUAUAGUCUUUGACAGACACACAAACACAUACAAACUCCCUAACAGACACAUAUACAUUUUUUUUUUACUCCACACAGCCCCCCUACCUUUGGGAGUGCUGGCAUGGAGUCUCUAUGACCCAUUGGUCCACUGGGGCUGCUGGGUUGAGCAUUCCAGUCCCGUGGGGCUGCUGGGCUGAGUGUGCAGUCCCUGGGGGAGCUGCUAAACGGCUGGCGUGUGGGCGGCGAGAGAGCUCAUCUCCUUCGUUCGCCUCUUAGUGAUGCCGGAGCCGGAGUGACGUCAUAUUCUGGCUCCAGCAUCACUGCUGUGCGCGAGAGGGAGCUGAGUAGAGAGAUCACUGCCCACUGCUCCCUCGCCGCCCGCGGCCAAUUUAUUUUUAAAAAUGUUGGUGGUGUAUAGCAAUGCAUCACAAACUAAUUAGUAAUGAGGUUUUUCCAAAAAUGAGUUAGACGGUUACUUUAAACAUCAUGACCACUUCAGUGACUUGAAGUGGUCAUGGUGCUUGGAGUCUAUAUGGGCAGCGUUAUAAUAUGAAACAUAUUUGGCAUCUGUCAUGAGCAUGCUUAGCAGGAUGGCAACAGAUAACCAAUGGCGGCACAACAUCCCCACACUGCAUGCCCAACUCCUCCCCUCAGCCUGUCCUUCUGGACAUCUCUCCCUCUCUAGAGAGUGACAUCACCAAAGGGAAGGAUUGGGCUGCAGGGAGAACUUGGUCCGAGUGUUGCAUUGCAGGUAAGUCUUUUUUCUUUGUUUGUUUUAUAAAACACUGUUUUUGGUUGGAGUAACCAGUUAAAGGAGCUCUUUAAUUUUCACUUUUAUUUUCUAACUAGAAAUUCCACUGUGCCAUAUAUCACUUUAAAAAAAAAAAACUAUUACUGCUAUGCAUAUUUUUCAUUUUGUGUUUUCAUUGUAGCCUACUAAAAGUGCCAAAUCCAAAGGUUCCGGCAAAGCCAAGAAGUCUAAGAAAUCUAAGAAGUCAAAAAAAAGCAAAACACCCAAACAAGAGGUUGAUAUACUCAGUCCAGCUGCCAUGUUAAAUGCUUACUAUAUCUCCCAUAAUGCCGUGGACUGUUUGGAAUUCCGGGGCUUCAGCUGGCCUGGAGCACCCAAAAAAAAGGGGAAGAAAGGAAAGAAAAAGUAGUCUACAGAUAUUGAAUAUGCCAUCUUUCUGAACAUCUGAAGUUUUCAUGUACAGUAAUACUAAGAAACUGUUAAUUCUUGUUAAUUGCUACCUAGAUGCAAUGGACUUUGGUGCCAAACACCAUACCAAAAUCCAUUUCCGUAAUUACUGCAAUAAUAAAUUGUAGAUUUCAGCAGCAGUGUAAAUAUGUUGGUUUUCUUUGCAUAGAUUUUGGACUUAUUGCUUUUCAUCCGUAAAGAUUGGUUCUUUUAUAAAAUUGACAUUCCAUCUUGGUGCGUACCAAUAUUUUUUAUGCAUUAUAUAGAUAAUGUAGUCAAUGAUUA